CAAUAGGCGCGUGGAUAGUUCGUUCACGUUGUAGAGUGAAGUCGUGUAGCGAAAAUCGGAUUCACAGUAAAGCAGCUUAUAGGGAAUGUGUUUGUGGAUGUUACGACCAGUGCGAAAAUACAGUGAAAAGUGAGGUAGAACCAUGUGAUUGGCCUUUGCAGCCGAGGAUUGCAGUUUUUUCCCAAAUAUCUGCAGGCUGAGCUUUUCGUAGGGAAUAUAAUAUUUCGGCGGUGUUGCUGUUUUCACACGCAUAUCUUGUGGCCUCUCUUCCGGUAGCCCACUAAGGUGGUGGGACGCAAGCAAGAGUGAUGCAGUAAAAUGGGAUUUCUUUUUGCACAUCUGUUCUGUGAUGGCUUGUGCUGGUGUGCGAGCGCAAAAACCAUCGAUUGUGCAGCGAGGAUAGCGAAACACACGCGUUGAAAUGGCCUGAAUGAUUAGUGGGUACGGCAGCAUCCAGCGGGGGCUCGCUGGAGGCUUGCCAGGACAGCCUCCGAAAAGUGGAGCGAUCUCUAAUUGGAAUGAAAUUUGUUUCGAGCUAAACUGCGACAAAAAUCGAUUAAUGGAUUAAAAAUCUCUGUCCUGCUGCAUACGUUCGUCCGAGUGCUCAGGAAAGUGCACACGGAACACUGCUGAUACAUCUAAUUCUGCAUUGAAUGGUUUUGGUUGCAUUUGCGGGUUGAGGGAUUUGUGGUUUCUGUGGUUCUCGUAUCAUAGCUGGGUGACAGAAACUAUAAAUACUGAAUAGGACGUGAGUGCUGCUACCAACAAUUGUAAAAAAACAAGAUUUGUUCAGAUUUGGAAAUGCUUUUUAUUGGGAAAAAAAUAUAAUGCAACGUUUAAAGGUUAGAUAUAUUGACAGGUUCCGGUAAUCGAUAAUUUCACUAGUGCUUCUAAAGCAAUAAUACCAGUGUCCAAGUUGAAGCUAGUAUCAGCAUACCAGACAGUGACCGUGUGCAAGGGAGAGAGCGAGAGAAAGGACGAGCGAAUAACAACAACAACACAUGCUUAUCAAUAACCGGCAUGCAUCGUCACCGUUUAUCCGGCAGGAAGUAGCGAGCGAAAAAAAAAAGAGUCAAACCACAGCCGCUAAAUUAUAAGACUGAAUGUCAAGGCUAAGGUCUUCGAAGUGACGAGAAAGUGUUCAACAAUAACAUAAUAGAGAUUCUAUUUAGGCGCAGUGAAUAGAACUGACUGAGUGAGUGCAAGCGACGACGAAAGCAGAGUAAUCAACGAUGUAGUAAUCCCCAGCUCGAACAUAAAUAGUGAAAAGUGUACUAUCCUACCUCCAGACAGAAAAAAAGGAUUUUUAUGAAGAAACCUAAGGUCCUGAUCAUCAUUAAAGUUCAUAUUAGCUGUCACGUUUAGUAUAAUUUAAAGAUUUAUCGCCGCGGUAACCGAGCGUGAUCCAAAAACAAUACUUGUUUUAUAUAUGUGGUUAACCCGUGACUUGAAUCCCGUUCAGGCUUGUGUGUUUGAAAGUUAUUGAAAUCAGCACGUAGGAGGGAGUCAUAAAAAUGAAAAAAAUUCAAAUGUAAUUUAUUACACUCUCAAGUAAGUUGCUUCGAAAAAGGAUACGAAAAAGGGAUGCUGGAAGCUCGAAGUUCAAGUGCGGUGUCCUUUCCGUCACAGCUGGGAUAGGCGAAGGAAGAUAAAGCGUGUUUUAAUGCAAGCAUUUCUGGGCUCACAAUGGAAAGAUUUGCGAUAAGUUGGUGUUUGUGAUAGGAAGAAAGAAUAUAUUCUAAACGUAAUUUUUGCGCGAAAAGCUGUUCGCUGAGGAGUGUUUGAUUAGUGUCCGCCAAGAGCAAUGGAAAUGUACGCCGAUUACGGAACCCGUAUGAUCAACGAACGGGAUGCGAUGAUGGUGGCAGGCGGCAGGUUUUCGGUACGUCCUAUCGAUCAUUCUAAUCUGACCACACGCACACAAGUCCGACCAGAAUUGCAGGUUUCACAGGUACAACGGCCUAUACAGUACGUGCAGUAUCCUUUAGAGCCUUCGGAGCCACAAAACUUUCCAUCGAUAGCGCAACGAACUCCCAAAUUGUUGUCGGGAAAGCACGUGAAACUAAAACCAUCGAAUCUGGGGGUCAGCCCGAACGUUGCACGGGACUACAACAACUACUAUUCGACGUAUCAGCCUAGAUUGAAACCUAAACCGUUAGACUAUCAAAAUCAGCUGUUAAAUAAUCACGCCGGUCCAACAGGGAUACUGAAAAACAACACCAAUGUUAGCAGCACAAGCGGCUAUUUUAAACGACGUCCAUCGAAUCACGAGUUGAAACACUAUGAGUACUACAACAACGCCACCCGAAACAACAACACCAACAACAAACUUCAACCGACCGGCAUCAAGAACACCAACAGUGUCCUACAGCAACACUACAACGGCCACAACUAUAAUAUCAAUUACAGUUUAAAUUAUACGAAAAAUCAAUACAACAUACUGAUAUCGCCUGCAACGACAACGACAGCAACGCCCGGGUUUCAAUCCGGUGUAGUGCCACCAUACGACGAGAACAAUCAGUUUGACAACCACUAUCAGUAUCGCAGCGGUGGUACUGGGGGUGGUGGAAAGUACAAGAACAAGAACGUCAGUGCCACCAAUCACCGCUAUAGCAACUACAAUCAGUAUUACGACCAACAACAACAGCAGCAUUACCAAUAUCAGCAGCAGCAGCAACAACACACGACCAAGUCCUUCUAUCUGGACGAAAAGCCACCCUUGGUAGGCCCGGGUGAGUUUGCUACAUUCGUACCGGUGGACGGUGGCGGAACGGGCAAGAUGCAGCGGGAGGAGAUUAUCAUCGAACAAAGUCAGCUGGUUGGAGACGGAAGUGGACCAGGCGCUGUCAUGCUUCCUGCCGGGGGUCCUGCUGGACAGGACCCGCUCGCGGGACGGCAGCCACUAUUACGCGGCGGCAAGGGUGGCAAACUAACGGCCAUCAACCGGUCGCACCAUUUCACGCAGAUAAUCGCAGCCUUAGCAGUAUCGAUCGGACCGUUGGCAGCUGGCCUGGGGAAGGGUUACUCCAGUCCUGCCAUUGCCAGUCUGCAAGAGCUGCAGAUACGUCAGCGUGGCAAUUUUAGCUCCUUCUCGGUAAACGACCAACAGGCAAGCUGGAUUGCCAGUCUUUCGUUGCUCGGUGCCCUUUUCGGCGGCAUGUUCGGAGGCGUCGCUAUGCAGUAUGGCCGGAAGCGGGUGCUGGCACUGAUGGCGCUCCCAUUUUCGCUGUCCUGGAUUUUAACGGUGUUUGCCAAAUCGGUGGAAACGAUGUUUUUCACCGCCUUCAUCGGGGGCUUCUGCUGUGCCAUCGUGUCGACCGUGACCCAGGUGUAUAUUAGUGAGAUAUCAUCACCGGACAUACGGGGCUUCCUGAGUGCGAUUCAGAAAAUUGCCGGACAUCUAGGGAUGCUGAUAUCGUACCUGCUGGGAGCGUAUCUGGACUGGCGGCAGCUGGCAAUGCUGGUUUCGGUGGCACCGAUUAUGCUCUUCAUAUCUGUGAUCUAUAUACCGGAAACGCCGAGCUUCUUAGUGUUAAGAGGUUGCGACGAUGAAGCUCAUCGCGCACUACAAUGGCUUCGCGGUCCACACAAAAACGUAGAGAUAGAACUCGACACCAUCCGAUCGAACGUACGUUCGUCGAGAAUUAAUCUUCUGAAUCGGAUGUCCUCACUGGCAACUACGACGACCGCAACGGUUUCCAGCAACGGGGGUCAACCCCUUCCCUCCCAUCAUCAACAGCAGCAGCAGCAACAGAAAUCGAUGACGGGUCAAUUGGCUGGAAUAAUCCGCUCCUGGCAAUUACCACGCGUAUCAUUCGAUGCCGUCGCAACGAACGUGAAAGCCGUCAUGCGCAAUGCCCGCUUAGUCAAGCCUGUCUCCAUCACCUGUGGCCUUAUGAUCUUCCAACGAUUCACCGGUGCCAAUUCGUUCAACUUCUACGCGGUAACAAUUUUCAGCAAAACAUUCGCCGGUAUGAACCCCCACGGUGCGGCCAUAGCGGUCGGUUUCGUGCAGCUCUUGGCCUCGAUGCUGUCCGGUCUGCUGAUCGACACCGUAGGUCGCAUUCCGCUGCUCAUCGUAAGCAGUGUGUUCAUGUCACUUGCCCUGGCCAGCUUCGGUUCGUUCGUUUACUAUGGUCACACGAAUAAACUGCUCGCGAGCGUCAACUACGAUCUGGAUGCACCGGUCGGCAACAACGACUGGAUCCCUUUGCUGUGUGUUCUGGUGUUCACGGUAGCCUUCUCGCUGGGAAUCUCGCCCAUCUCGUGGCUUCUGGUCGGUGAGCUAUUUCCACUUGAGUAUCGGGGCAUCGGUAGCUCGAUCGCUACCAGCUUCAGCUAUUUCUGCGCCUUCCUCGGGGUGAAAACAUUCAUGGAUUUCCAGAGUCUCUUCGGAUUGCACGGGACGUUCUGGCUGUAUGCGUGCAUAUCCUGUGCCGGGCUGUUCUUCGUGAUCAUGGUCGUGCCGGAAACCAAGGGCCGCGACCUGGAGGAGAUGGACCCGAAGUACGUGCGAACGCUCACGAUAAAUCGAUGAGAUAUGGGAACGCACGUAGAGUAUCUAGUAUAGUAUUUAAUGGGCCCUGGCGCUACCUUGCUUUGCCGAUAUUUGCUUACCUAGCAGCAGCUGCGUGGCGUUUGCAAUUUCCCCCUUAAACGAUUACUUAUGUAGGUAUCUAGACCGUACAUUAUUCCGGGUGCUUAUCGUAGAAGAAUGCUGGCGAGUGCGAGAGAGAGAGUUGAUGAUGUGUGCGUAAAACGUUUAAAUGUUCCUAAGUAAGUUUAUGGCGCGUUUAGAUGACGAAUGCAACCGAGUGAUGAUGUUUACGCUAUAAACGAAAUUGUUGCUUAAAAUUUAUUUUGUUUGACACUUGUACAUACGUUUGAAAUCGAAAGGAAACCGUACUUACACGACAGCAAACAAUUGCUAUUUAAUUGAUACUAAAUCUACCUAGAAAGUAAACCCGCUUCCCACACGGAGAUGUGCAAGAGCGCGGUCGAGUGAGCUGAAUUUUAAGUUCGAAACUAUUCAAUAUUAGGGAGAAGAAAAAACAAACAAACGAAAAAAAAAACACUGUACAUAUAGAUCCGUUAAACGCACAAAGGAGUAUUGAUUAAAGAAUAGGAUGAUGCAGUUAUACAGGUUAGGAGAAAGAAAAACGAAAAUUUAAGCAAGAUUGGCGUAGCUUCGUCUUUGCUUGUUCGCGAGUAGAGGCUUUCGGAUAGCUUAACAACCAGCUGAACCUCAGAGAAAGGAUGGAAUUCAGUGUCUGACGGAACUGUUUGUUCGAUAUUAUAGUUUGUCUCAGCUAUAACACAACUGUUGUCAAGUUUGAAAUUAUUAUUUUCCGAGAUUGACGACAACAAAAUAAUAGGGGUCUUCACAUCGAGCUUGUAUACAAAUAACCAGCCGUAAACUGUGUAUCUUCAAUUACUCGUCAAUGCAGGAGAGUAUUUUUACGGCUGGGUAUUUGUAUACGAGCUCGACAUAAACACCCAUAAUGACAUCAAAGGUAUUGCAUCGCUUCAAAAAACGAUCAACGAUCGAAAUUUCCAGUCAAAUAACAGUCGUCGCGUGACAACUCACCGCUGCAUACAAUUUCACACAUUUUUUGUAAGGACUGUUCAUUUUAUCAAACGGACACUUUGUUUUGGUGAUAUCUUUAUUAUUUUUCAAGCAAUUUCUAGACGGCUUUUUGCAAAAUGAAGGUUUAUUUUUCAACAAAAAGUACAAAAUGUAAAACCUAACUCAGUUCAUCUAACUAUAAAACUGGUGAACUUUCCCUCGAACUCCACUCAUAAGCCUCUUUACAGUUUCUGGCUUAACUUUUCGGCUUGCAGAUGACCACAUUUUCUUGAACUCAUCAAUUGACUGUGCUUCUCUACCAUCCUUUCGAAGAUACCGCUUGAUAAUUACCCAAUAGCGUUCAACCGGACGUAGCUCUGGACAAUUUGGUGGAUUAUUCGCCUCUUCGACGAAUUUAAUCGUAUAUUUCUUCAGCAUUUCAAGAGUGGCAGCAGCGUAGUGGGCGGAUGCAAGGUCUGGCCAGAACAUUGGUGGGGUCUUGUGUUGACGAUACACAGCAACAAGACGUUUUUGAAUGCACUCCUUCCGGUAAUUCUGAGCGCUUAUGGUUCCUAUUGUGAAAUAUGGCAAACUUUUUUUUCCACAAGAACAAAAAGCUUGUCAUACAAGCACUUUCUUACCAAACUUGUCCAUUCUAAUCGAUCGUUUUACAUCUGGUACUUCCCUACCUACAAUAGAAUUGAAAAAUUGUGGCCCCGGAAGUGUUGUUGCGUCCAGUUUUCAGUAUGUCUCGUCAUCCAUUAAAAUGCAACAGUUUCAUUGCUUUUUCAGUAUCCUAUCAAACCUCUGACAUCGUUCCUUUGCCCGUUCAUGCUGUUCCUCGGUCCGUUUCGGUGUCUUCUGUUUUUUGUAGGUUCUGAUAUUAUUCCUUCGUUUGAUAUUUUGAACCGUUCCUAUACUAACUCUGAGUUUUUAAGCAAUUUUUCGCACAGAGUCACAUUCAUUGGACAGUAAAAGCUCCACACACUUCUGCUCGAUUUGUGGAAUAGCCGCACCUUUUCUGGUUUUGGAUCUUGGCAAAUCUUCAAGAGAAUCGUGUUCUCCAAACUUUCUGAUGAUCUGGUACACAGUAGACUUAGACCUUUUCACAAGUUUUGCAAUAUUUCUACAGGAUAGUCCCUCGGAACAGUACUUUUGAACAAUCAAAAAACGAGUAUCUUGAUCGAUUCGUGCCAUUUUCCGAAACUUAACCGUUCCGACACCAAAACCAAAACACCGGCACAAUGUCAACAAACUCAACUACACGAUAAAGGAAGAUUCAUCAAAUUUGGAGUUAAUGUUUAGUUUUUAUCGUCUAUUCAAAAUGUCCGUUUUAUAAAAUGAACAUUCCUUAGUUCCCAACUUGACACAUGCAUGUACACUGGCGCUGCUGUCGACGAUGAAUAUUGAAAUGCCAUAACCGUACGCUCGCACCUUAUGUUUAACUCCACACACUAGGUUUUGUACAUCUGGCUGCAGCUUUUUCUGUACGUAAACCCGUUUUUCUUCAUAUCAUUCACAGAUUUGACCUCCUAGGGAUGCUUUCAUAAUGCUCACUUCAUCUUGGUGCUUAUUACGGGAGUCACUUCACGGUGAAAUCAGAGUGAAGUGAACAAAAUCCUAUUACGGGACUCACGUAAGUGAGAAAAACGUCGCAAAGUGACAUCUGCCGCGGAAUCUGGGUUAUUAUGGGUGUCAUAUCAGUGAAGUGAGAACGGGAACGGGAACGUUUCACGUGGAAUUAUUUCACGACCAUUUUGAACGGUGAAAUGAUUCCACGAAGAUGCCAUAAGUCUUAAAGUUGAUUGAUUUGUGAUCUAAUGGUAAAUAUUGGAUUUAUUCUUCAGUAACGAAACGAAUCAGAAUUUGAUCCGUGCCUUAAAGCGGUCAAAUUUUCAUUUUUUGCCCGAUGAAAAAAAUGCAAACUAGUUCAGGAAAUUUUCGAUACCAAAAAAAAAACAUUUUUUUUGAUGCCAAAUGUCUUAGAAAUGCAGAACACGUCAAGAUUUGGUGUUAUCUUAAAAAAAAAACACUUUCUGGGACUUACAGAUUUUUGAGCUGGGAAACAAUCUCAUUUCACUUGUUCUAUUCUCAAUUUCACUUCACUGUCAAUCUCACUCCACAGAGGUGAUUUGAGGUGGAUUCGGGAAUAGGUCUAAAAAAGUGAAGUGAGCGUGAGAGUGAAAUAUAUUUCACCGUGAAGUGACUCCCGUAAUAAGCACCCUUAGCCUUAGUUCUGGUGCACUCCUUGGGUACGAAAGUGACCACGUUGGCCUCGUACCACUCCAUGACAUAAUUCGAAUAGUGGCACGAAGCUAGACCCGGCCGGAAGAUCCUAGGUCAUUCGUGUUGCUUCAACAGAGAAUGCAAACGCUUCUGUAGACACUCCUUUAGGUAGAUCUCCCCGAUUACAGUCCCGGUAGUCACGUACGGCGCACUCGUUUUGCCACAUUAGCGAUCUGCUUGCCAAAUCAGGUUUUUAUUGGGAAACUUUGAAUGUUACUGCCCGCCUAUUUCCUCCGGAACAUCAAACUUGUGCUUGGCAGCCAAGAACAGUAGCCCCGGGAGCUACAGGAAGUUCGCCUUGACGUAAGUCUCAUCAUCCAUGAGCUUCGUUAGCAUCUGUGUGUACAGUUUCCGGGCUCGUGACUUUCCCACCGUCAGGACUUGGAGCCUUCUGCACUUCGUAUGAGUAAUCUCUCGUGAUCCUUGGCUCUCUGAACGAAAAAAUUGGACAGAUUCAAUUUUCUGGCCACUCUCUGCCCGAAGCAUUGGGAUUCGGCGUAAACACUUCCACAACAGGCUUGUGAUCCUGAUCACUAAUAGAACAUCCAUUCUGACCCCAUUUCUCCUUCCGGUCUAUGCUCACAGCUUCGUAGUAACGUUUAUUCACCCGACUUACCGUUGAUUGUACGAGUCCGAGUUGUUUCCCGAUGUCCCGAUGAGAGCGUUGACGAUUUUUCAGGUGCUUGCGCAAACCAAUUCGCGUUACUUUCCGGAUAACGGCAUAAACAAUACACUUCAAACUGUUUCUACCCAAAUUUUUAAGACAAACUCAUUUUCUGAGAUCAAUUUUUAUUCUUUUUUUUUGCCUGUAGAAUCACUUUCCGGCGAUUCUGAGCUCAACUUAAGAUCAUUUUCUAUUUUGGCUUCUUCUGGCUUUUAUAAGCACUUUUAGGUGAUUCUGAGCUCAACUUAAAAUCAUUUCCUAUUUUGAUUUUUCUGAUCUUCUGAAGCACUUUUCAACGCUUUUGAGCUCAAUUUCUGACUAUUUUCGGAGCUCAAUUUUGUCUUUUUUGCCUUUAGAAGCAUUUCACGGAGAUCGUGAGCUCAAUUCGGAAGCAUUUUCUAUUUUGGCUUUCUGUAGGUCUAAGAAGCAUUUUUCGACGUUUCUGAGCUUGUUUAUCUACAUUUUUUGGUUUUCAGUAGCAGUUUCCAGCAAUUCUGUGUUAAAUUUGGAACCAUUUUUUGGAUUUUCUGGCCUCCUGAAGCACUUUUCGACGCUUUUGAGCUCAAUUCGUGAGCUCAAUAUUAUUUUUUCUAACCUUUAGAAGCACUUUCCGGAGAUUCUGAGCUUAAUUGGGUUGCUAUUCACGGGUUUACAAUUUUUAUAUAUCAUCUGAAAGAGUGUGAUUUUCUGAUCAAAACGUGAUAUUUUUAAACUUUAUAUCAUUAUCCUUCGAUUUUUAAAUGAAGAAUAAAAAUUCGCUCUAAAUCGUUACAAUGACAGUUGGUAUAUGGACGAAAUGUCAUUGUAGCGAUUUCGAGCAGAUUUCGAACAGUUUUAAACCGUGAUUUAAAAGGCGAAGGACUACGAUAGAAAAAAAAUUUAAAUCACGUUUUUCUUAGAAAAUGCAGAUCUUUUAGAUGAUAUUAAAAACUUAUAUAGCUGAACGGCUGAGCUUUUUUGGCCUUAAAAGCAUUUAUCUCAGAGCUCAAGUUUGUUUUAUGUGGCCUUCAGAAGCACUGCUUGGCGAUUCUGUACUAUUCUGCGAUUCUUUGUUCAAUUUCGGAUCAUUUUCUAGUUUGGCUUUUACUCAUCUUUAGAAGCACUUUACGAUGCUAUUGAGCUCAAUUUGGGAUCAUUUUCUGAGCUCAAUUUCAUUUUUUCCGAACUUUACAAGCUUUUCGGCGAUUCUGAGCUCAACUCGAAAUCAUUUUCUAUUGUGGUUAUAUCUGGCAUUUUGCACACUAUUCGACGCUUUUGAGCUCAAUUUGGGAUCAUUUUCUUAGCUCGGAUUUUUUCUGUCGAUUGUAGUUCAAUAUUGCAUAAUUUUCAAAUUUUUGCUUUGCCCGGCUUCAGAAGCACUUUUCGGUGAUUUUGAACUUAAUUUUGGACCUGUGGCCACACGUGUCAUUUCUCCUAAGAGAAUCACUAGCGUGUAGGAGAAUAUCUUCCACUGCGGAAACAACUGCGCUCACACUGGUGGGCGAAGCGACGCGCUUGCUCGAAGAGAGCAGCGAAUCGUGUGUAUCUGAGUAGAUCGCAAAAAACGUGGCAGUGGAAUCUGAAAUAUCUCUCGAAAGGAAGAAUAAUCUGGCGUGAGCUGUCUCACACUAACUGCAGUGCUUUAACUGUGUGUCUUUUAAGCAUAUAUCAAAUGAGGAGAGUAUCUAAGUAGGAAAGUAGAUUGCGUUGUUUGAUUUGUAUCUUGGAACUGAAAAAAAAAAUAAUCCAACCGCCCGUCACGUAUGUUUGCUCUUUGAAUGGUGACGCAUUAACCUCUCUUCAAUGCUAAAUUUAUCUAAUAGAUAUGGUCGCGGUGGCUAAAACCCAACAAAAAAAACCUUUCUUCACAGUUAGAAAAAAAGCAAAAAGAAUAUUAAAAAUUGCUUCCAUCGAUUAUGAUACAAAAUUCCAUAAUAUUUCACACAAGUUUGAAUGAUAAAGCAAAGCUUUGGUGCUACAUUCCGAUUCGGAACUUGACCUUCUGUUUAUUUAUACACAGACUUCGCAGCCGACUUAUUAGUGUACAUGACAAUUGCGGGGCUAGUGCUACGAUCCUACUGACACUAACAGUCUUUCCCGAGCGGAGACUUGAUCCAACGACGACUGGCUCGUAAGGCCAGCAUCGUAGCUCGAGACCAUCUGGGAUUUGAAUGAUGUUGCACGUAAAUUCCAAACAAAAUCGUAGUUUACAUCAGAAGCAACUGAAGUUUAAAUGAGAAAAUAAUGUACGUAACGUGUAAUGUUUAGAGUUUUUUACCAUGUUGCUUUGCUCAGCUGUGCAAUGUAAGCAGCAAGUGUAUUAAUUUUUCUGCGAGCGGCAGAAAAUUAGCACAAAGCAGAAUUAAAAAAGUGUGAUGCAAAAAAUUGUAACACGCAGCGCUCAUGCUGGGAAAGAAGUGAGCGUUGAAUAUUCACUCUGCUUUUCCACAUUUUGAGGAGAAUAACAAACCUGUCAAAGAGCUCAACAACGACUUGAGCUCAACAUUUUUUCAAGAGAUUAUAAAAACCGCUUAUAGAUCGUGUAGAUUACUUCGAAAACAAAUAAUAGCAGCUUUAUUCUCAUUCUUGAAAGUGCUGCCACACGAAGCAAGAAAACUAUGACAUAGUUCCCUUUGACACCUAUGGCUCAAAAGCAUGCACUAUAACGGUAUAGCGCGGGAUUGUACUGUCAAAAGCUAUAACAUAGAGACUCUGAACUAAUCCGUCAUGACCAGGGGGUAGAAGUGGCUGUCAGAUUGCCUAUUAAACCAGCGUACCCAACAUCGCCUACUAUUGGCACCAACCGUUGGUGCUUUGACGUUUCCUCGCAUGCGCAAGCAAUAGAGUUGAUAACCGCGUUAGCAGCUAGAUUUUCGAGUUUGUUUGUUAAGUUAUUGUUUCUGAGUAUUGAACAUGUUUUGUGAUCUGAAGAAAAAUGCGCUUUUUAGUUCAUCCGUUCAUUUUGCGUGGAGUCAAGGUUAAAUUUAAACUCACAGGUGAAUAAAACAGUCGCAAUUUUGCAUAUAGUAAAGGUGGAUUCUCAACUCACAUGUGAAUAAUGCAGCUCGUAUUGUGUAAAAAACAUACUAAUAGUUUAAUUUCCAAGAUUCCCCACGAUUGAACAAAAAAACGUCGGUGGUGCAGGAUUAUCUCCAUCUGCAAAUUAUUAAAUCUGCUCGCUUCUGGAAGCCAAACAAAAGCAGGAAUCAGUGUUCUCGCCGCUUUUGCACAUCUGAUUGUAAAUUACAAAUAUGCUGUUCCAAGUUUGUAGUUUGAAGAAAACAUCGCUGAGUUGGAUGUAUCGAGUAGAAUAUUCAAAAUUACAACAGAUAGCUGCUCUCUCCUUAUUAUCGUAAACAAACGACGCCAUAUUGAGUUACGAUAAAGGUGCUUGACUUCACCCCCUUGGUCAUGACCGAAUAGUUCAUAGCCAACUAUUCCGUGAUGAAAAAAAGCUGCAUAGCUUUAUAGCUUUGUGUUUAAUGGUAUACUUGCAGCCUUAGCACUCUUCUCACACUAUGUUUUCACUUAUAUUCACCUCACUAGGCAAAAUUCACUACUGACAGUUCCUAAAAGUGUGCCGAAGGGUGAGAGGAAAAAAGUUAAAAUGUAUUAAAUUUGUGUUUGUAUCAGUUUUCAUAAUAAUAAAAACAUCGUUUGGGUGAAUGAAGUUUUUUAACGUGAAACCUCUAUUAAAGUUAAACUUCGGUUAAUGAUACGAGAGGAAAAGUAAUCAUUAGUAAGAAAUUCAUAAUCUUUGUAUUGAAGCACGAUUCUCGUCUAUAAUUUGAUGUCGGUCAUGAGUAAAACCAAACAGAGCAAGUAGUAAAUCUUGUUUUAAGUCCAACCGAUAGUAAAGCAUUUCUACUUUAGUCUUGCCUUCCAAACUGUUACAAAGCUACAUUUCCGAAUUUUUUUACUAUCCCUCUUACUAAACAUGGUAAUGAAAAUGUUCAAUUUUUUACAAAAAAUAAUCUGCAGAAACUUACCUGUAAAAUCCAGGCCUCAAAGUCAUAGUUGUGACCACAUUUUAUAUUAAUUUCACCAGCUUCUCGUUUGAAGAAAUUUUCUGAACUAGGCCUGAGAAGUACUUUGCAAUUUGUUUUGAAGUAUUCGACUGCUUCCUAGGUGUAAUUUCAUUUUCCACAACAUGUAACGCAGAGCACCACUCAAUAUCUUCAGUGAAAACACUUUGGAGGUACUUUUAUGUUUGAUGGAUCAACAGAUCUUCAUCUAAAUUUAUCUUACAAAUAAAAUUCGACAUCACUGAACAACUUAUGUUUAUCAACAGAGCCAACGGUUGCUUCGAUUCAUAUCAUUCUGAACUGUCGGAAUCGAUCCAUUGAUUUUCUGUCGGAAUUCGAAAGCGUUUAUUUUCUUAAGUGUUUACAAGCAAGAACAAUUCCUUGACACGAAUUUCAGCCUUUUUCCGAGAUAUAAAGAAAAACGAAUCAGAAAAAAAAAACAUAGACAACAUCGAAUUUUCUCUUCUAAAUAAAACUGUAACCCGAUUUCAUUAAAGUCUAUUUGUGCUUGUUUAGCCUAGUAGUGUACAUUCGGUUCCCACAUUGCUAGCAGCCUUUAACGUACAUUUUAGCCCAUUAAAUACUAAAGUAGUGCCAUAGCGUGCCGUCAGCAAUGGCGCAAAAACUUUGAAACAAGUUAUUACGAACACAUUCUGUGAAUAAACGAAAGAAGAAAAAACGGUAAAACCAGUCAAAUUAAAGGCAAUUUUUAUUAGGCGAGGAAAACAAAUACUAUGAAAAUCAAAAUAAGCAAACUAUCCUUUUCUUAGUGACAAUAAAUUAUUGAGCAGCUGUCAAGUAGCCUAACAUCAAGUCUAAAAUUUCAAAGGCAACUUUGUUGACAGUCCAGUGCGUGUGUAACAAUUAUUUAUUUAUUUUAACAAAAGCAAAACUAUAAUCAACUAUAACUAGCUCGUAAGCAAUUGAUUAAACUAGCAUCAACCAGCAGUGAGUAGAGAACUUUUUUUUACAAGCCAUACUAUAGUAGUAUAGACGAAUUAACAAAAAAAAAUAGAGUAACGAGCAUUUCAUGGUCGUGAGGCCAAUCAAAGUUGACUGACGAUUGUUUCUUUUUCUUCCGACAUUAGUAAAAAUCAAAAUAAAAUAUUUCAAACCUGUAUAGUCAAACUUGACAUAUCGAAUGGGAUGUAUAUCUAGUUUCGAAAAUCCGAUCGAAAAAAGUACAAAAUUCAAACCGUAUCAGCUGUUUUUCCACUACUUAUCUUCUUGGCAGAAAUCGGACAUAUCCCGAAGUAUUAUUUUGUACUGUUCUAAAAUUUUUUAGUGUUCGAAUGUAAAUCCAACGCUAUGUACUUAUGCACUGUAGAGUGAUUGCGAAGCCGAGUCGACUAAAAAAGGAAACAUAAAACGACAAUAAUAGGUGUAAUUUAGAGAUAAUUAUUCAAGGAAGAUGAACAAAAAAAAACACUGUCAUAUCACGACAAUAAGUAGUGUUUACUCGAUUAUAUGGAGGAGAGAAUGACAGUACACAGUGUAAACAAGAACACUUAUACAGCAGUAAAAUGUAACAAUGUAUAAUAACUGUUUUAUAAAGUUUAAAAUAGAAGCUAAAAAAUAAACAUAAAUCAAUUAGGCAUCGCGACGAAGUCAUUUGUGCGCUUUAAUAACGCUAAGAUAAAUUUUGCUAGGAAAUAAAAAAACAAAAACGUGAAAUUAUAUACUCUUUAGCUCUGCUGGAAACCACUCUAGCCAACUCAGAUUGAGAAAAUGUUUGCAUAUUACCGAAAAUAUGCUAUUUAAUGGUAGAUGUGAAAAUAAAACAACAGCAGCAGACAAAAAAGCAUACACACUGACUUAGCGAAAGUUCUAUUUUUUAUCUUUAGCACUAUUUAACAAACACUAGUUCUUGUUGAUCAUUUCAGAUUUUAUUCACAAAAAAAUACUCAAAACGUCUUGAAACUAGACAGAUUUUAAACUCUAGAAAAUACUGUAUAUUUUCUCGCACGUUAGCAGUUCUUGGAGCAGCAGUAAAAAAAUUAGAAAUCAAUACCAAUUAUUACUUAAAUUGUCGAAUCAUACAGGAAAACGUGAAUGGCGUAGUUAUUACCAGCAAAAAAAACUUUUCAUUGCUCUCGAAUCACUCCAUCCUUCCCGAAUGCCGGAUUAUAGCGGUGUACUUUUUUCAAUUCCCCAAUUUUUACUGGUUCAUUUUUACGUUCAAACCCAUUUAUAGUAUUAAAUUGCCGUGCAAAUCUAUGAUUUUUCAGUUUUGAAAGAAAUCUUCCUUUUUUAAUUCAUUUUUAUUUCUCCCCAAAAUUCUGUGCCUUUUUGUUAAUGGUUUAAAACAAAUGGAGAUCGUCUAUACCAUGUUAAAAACAUUGAAUUUUUAAAAGAUAGAAUUUUUUAAAAUAGAGCCCUUCAGAGUAGUAUUUUGUUGUUAUCAAACUUAAAAAAAUUCUAAACUUUUCGAUAAAAAAAAACCUACUAACGAGAGAGAACAAAAACCAACAAUAAUAUAAGAAUCAGCAAAAAGAACCAGAAAUGAACAGAAACGUGUAGCGUUAAAUCAUCCAGUUUACUGAAAACUCCAAAAAAGUGUAGCUUUAAAUGUGGACAAUAAAAUGAUAGCGAUUUGAUGACAACCAAGCGACAUUUGAUCAAACAACAGACGAAAAAAUACACAUAGAGGAAAAAAACACUAAGUAGAAAAUGAUAGAAACAAACAAAACUAAACCCUAAGAGGAAAAAAAUAGAAUAGAUCGAAAGAGAAUAUAGUUUAUCCUAGUUUCAGAUAUCGUCAAAUAGUGAAAACAGACAAAAUUACAUACCCACUCACGCAUACAUCCAAACGUAGCAAAAAACGGUCGGUCCGACACGUGAAAGGGAAUUUCGUCUCCCGUUUUUAAGGAUAAUCCGGCCGAACGUCGAAUGUAAAUGUGUAUAACUGGCGUUUUCUGUUUUGCGAUAAACCCAUAUCAAAGUGUUCAAAUUAAUUAGUACGAAUUAACGCGAAGAGAAGGAAAUACACUCAAUAAUCAAUCGAUUUGAUUUUCGUUUUCGAAUGUGGUAGAAAAAUUCGGUUAUAAUCCACGAUUGCUUGACGAAACAUUUAAAAAACAACUUUUAAUAGUAUUUUGCAGACCAUAGUAUAAUAGCGUUUAACCGGGCGGGAACCGCAGUGAUGUCGCUUCAGCUAACUUUGUAAGAGCAGAGAGAAUAAAUCUUAUUUGCAAUAUUAUUCCGAA